CCUAGAGGUCCAGGCAGCCAGUCUGGGUGGAUCCGGGGAGCUCGCGGCUCAAAGCCCUCCUGCUCCCCCACUUCCCCUCACCCGCUUUACAGAAAUGUCUUCCCUUCUCUCCUCUCCUCCAGAGGCCCCUCUGCUCUGCACUGGUUAUUUUCUCAUCGGGAAACAUGCGGGUUUGGGCUAGUAAAAGCUUCUGGAUGGGGACUCUUGUUGCGCGCCUUGCCAGCUGGUUGGCAAAUAACUUCACCUGAGUCGCCUGGUUAAGCAAGAAAGACCUGGUGCUCUCCUCCCAGCUUCCAGCAAGUAUUUAACUAGCAGAGGCUGUGCUAUCGUGAGGUCUCUAUUACCAUGAUGUCAUUGCUUUUUCAGAUGAUGCUAUGGUCAAUAUACUAACAUGCUGCAUCACGUUACCUCAAAUUCAUUACUCUUAAACAGUGGUCCUCAGAAGUUGUGACAGAAGCUCAUUCUAUGAUGCUUUAGGCUCGAUUUUGUCAAGUUAUGUUUGCUUGCUUUUUCGUUUGCUUUGUGUAGUAAGGCAUUGGCCUCCUGUGAUGACCAGCAGGUAGCAGGGUAGAGUUGCAGGGUAGUUUCACCUUAAAGACUAACUAAAGUAGUGAUAUAUAGAGAUCACAAGUCUAUCUAGAUAGAUCUAUCCAUUUAUCUACUUUGGUUAGUCUAUAAGGUGAAAAUCUACCUGGCCUUUUACCUGGCUUCAGGCUAUUAACACAGAUAAUGACAUCCGUGCUACUGACCAGCGCCACUUGCAAUAGGAAGACGGUUUGACUGCUGGCCCUUUCCACAACUGUCUUUCUUCUAAGAAUGCCAACUGUAAAUUCGACUGGCGACUGCCAGCCAGAAGCAGACUGUGCCUCCACUUCAUCAAAAGGGAUAGCCUCAUUCUCCCAUGUGAAGAUGCAGGAGCCGGUCCUUGGAGAUACCAGUGUGAUGCCCCCCCCAGUGCGAACAUCUGUGGUGAACCCUGCAGCCAACAUCCGCCACAUGCGACGGAUCAUUGCUGAGGAUCCAGAGUGGUCCCUAGCCAUUGUACCACACCUCACUGAGCUCUGUCUUCAGUACAUCAUCAUCAACUUUGAAAAGAAACCUAUUUUGAACCAUCUCCUGCCUGAGCACAAAAAGAGAGUGCUGGACAGGAUCUCCACAGGCCUUCCCCUCUCUGUGACAGCCAACCUGAUCAGCGAUGAAGGCUACUGGAAGAGGUGCUGCACUGAGCGUUGGACAGUCUGUGAUGUCUCCUGCUAUGGGGGCAGCUGGAAGCAGAUGUUCUUUGAACGCCACCUGGAGAACAUCCUCAAAUACUUUGUCCCUAAUGUAACAGACCCUGAUCGGAUCCUGGAUGUUAUCCCACUCUGCAAGGACUAUGUCAGGAAGCUGGAGAUUGACCAGUUCCUCCCUCCAGUGAAGCUGGAUGAGAAGAAGGAAGAGGAAGACCUGUCUGAUUCUGGGAGUGAUGUUGAGAUUGAUGAACUCUCCAUGCACCACUAUGACAUAGGGGGGCUCAUUGUUGCCCUCCCUCAUCUAGAAGAGCUGAAUCUGUCCUAUGGAGUGAAGGAUUGUGGCAUGAACUUUGAAUGGAAACUGUUUAACUUCACCUCUAAGGACUGUUCUAAUCUGGCCAAGGGUCUUAAGAAGUGCCAAAGCUUGAAAGUCUUCAAACUGACCCGCAGCAAAGUGGAUGAUGACAAGGCCCGGCUGCUGAUUCGGAACUUGUUGGACCACCCAUGCCUGGUGGAGCUGGACUUCUCUCACAAUCUGAUUGGGGACCGAGGAGCGAGAGCCAUUGGCAAACUGAUGAACCACAGCAGACUAGAAAUCCUCACCCUGUGCAAUAACCAGAUUCGGCCCCCAGGUGCCCAGGCGAUUGCUCAUGCUCUCGCUAAGAAUGCAACACUGAUAUCUUUGAACUUGCGCCUCAACUGCAUCGAGGAUGAGGGAGGGCAAGCCAUAGGCCAUGCCUUGCUGAGCAAUUCCUCCCUGAGAUCCAUCAAUCUGGCAGGCAAUGAGCUGUCAGAGCCCACAGCGACACUUUUCUCUCUAGUCCUUGCUCAAAACACAGCUCUGACUAGCAUCAACCUCUCAUGCAACCACAUAGGACUGGAUGGUGGGAAGCAGCUGUUGGAAGGAAUGUCAGAUAACAAAACCAUGAGUGAAUUUGACCUACGCCUGGCAGAGGUGGGACAGGAGAGCGAGUACCUCAUUAACCAGACCCUGAGGGCCAACCAGGAGAUAGCCCGUCUAAAGACCCUGCAGCAAUCAAACUCCCCCCAAGAAAAGCUCCCAUAGUUGGAUUAGUCUUUCAUACAUGGUUAUUUUGCUCUGCAGCUAUUGAAAUGAAAUGCUUCUUUUCACUGAG